AUGACUGGCCUCACAAUGGACUCGGCGAUGCGCCGAUUUCAAGAUAUCCAUAGUAUGUCGCAAGAGGCGAUUGAGACAAUCUCCCUCUGGGUCAUGCAUUACAAAGAUAAGAAGUCUAUCGAUAUAAUCGUUGAAGCGUGGCUUGAAAGUUUUAAAGUUGCCAAGAAAGAUGAACAGCGCAUUGCGUUAUUCUACGUGAUGAACGACGUUGUUCAACGAGCUAAAAACAAGCAUAUGGAUGUACUUAUUCCUGCAUUUCAACCUGCAGUAUUGAGCGCCGUUACGAUGGGGAAGUAA